AUGGAUAAGGGGGCGAGAUACUCCAGGAGCAACCGGGACGAUCGUGAUCGGGAUUCGAGUGUGGAUCAUUCUCCGGAGCAUGAAGGCGGACGCCGGCAUCACGUCCGUGAUCACGACGGCGAUUCGAAGCGUCGUGAUUCAGAUCACUACCGGUCAUCGAGGCGCGACGAUAGGGAUGAUGAGAGAGAUAGGACUAAUGAUAGAGCUCGGAACAGAGGGAGAUCUGCUGAGCGAAUCGAGAGGGAAGGGAGUAGAGAGAGGGAAAAGCAUCAUGAGAGGUCUCAUGAGCGAAGUAAGGAGAAGGAAUCGAGGAGCAAGAGGAAAGAGAGAGAGGACGAGAAUGGGAAUAGGGAAGGGAAGAAGAAAUCUAGGUUUUCCGACGGGGGUGGUGAGAGGAGAAGCAAAUUCGAAGAUGUGGCUACGGAGCAUGAGAACAGAAACGCUGAAGUGACUGAGGGUUCUGGGGCCAUGAAUGCAACCAGUGGCGUUCCGAUUGUGAGUUUCUAUUGCCUAAUCUUCUACUGUGCUUGUGAUUCCUCAAACAUAGUUUUGUUCAAGAUAACCUCUAGUCUUAUUGCUAGCUUAGCUUCAGGCGCUGCUUCGUAUAGUUCAAUUGCAUCGGAAACUUCUCUGGCCCCUAGUCAAACCCUGCGCACUAAGGUAUCUUCGAUAUCUACAACGGAUGAAAAUAAGGGAGUUAGUAUUGUCAGGUCUCAUGAGGUUCCUGGAAAAUCUAGUACAGAUGGAAGAACAUCCUCAACGGCUGGGGAAAGUAGUGCAAACUUGUCCCUUGAUCCAGUAGCGAAAGCUAAGAAAUUACUACAGAUGGGAAAGGGAUUGGCGGACAGGCUGAAGAAACUUCCUUUGGGUACUAAGUCAAUUACAGAAGGUAGCACACAUACCAGAGUGCCAUCAUUGACUCCUGCCGUCUCUGCAGGAACAUCUUCUACUUCAGCACUGCCACAUUCGGACUUUGCUGGCCUUGGGAGUUUGGCCAACCCUGAAGCUCUUAUUAUACUGAAGCGAGGUCAGGAAAAGGCAGCUAGUAUGGGUUUCAUUCAGGAUCCACAGUUUGCUCCUCAAAUCCCACCAAUGGACACGGCUGUUCCACAGAAACCGGGGAAGGCCCCUGUUCUUCGUGUGGAUGCGCUUGGAAGGGAGAUAGAUGAACAUGGAAAUGUGAUUAGUGUGACUAAACCAAGCAAUCUUAGUACAUUGAAGGUUAACAUCAACAAACAGAAGAAAGAUGCUUUUCAGAUUCUUAAACCUCAACUGGAAGUAGAUCCUGAAGAAAACCCCCAUUAUGAUCCAAGGAUGGGUAUUGAUAAAAACAAGAUUUUGAGACCUAAGCGCAUGAGUUUCCAGUUUGUCGAGGAAGGUAAAUGGACAAGGGAUGCUGAGAAUUUGAAGUUGAAGAGUCAAUAUGGUGAAGCAAAAGCAAGAGAGCUGAAGGUGAAGCAAGCGCAUCUGGCAAAGGCAAAGGAUGAUAUAAAUCCAAAUUUGAUAGAGGUAUCCGAACGUGCCCCGAGAAAAGAGAAGCCCAAGGAUCCAAUCCCAGAUGUUGAGUGGUGGGAUGUAAAUGUCCUAAUCACUGGCGUAUAUGGGGACAUAGCUGAUGGAACCAUUACUGAUAGCGAUCUGAAGAUAGAAAAACUCACUCAUUACAUUGAGCAUCCUCGUCCAAUAGAGCCACCUGCAGAAGCACCGCCUCCACCACCCCAACCUCUUAAACUGACGAAGAGGGAACACAAGAAACUGCGAACCCAGAGGCGUCUAGCUAAAGAAAAAGAGAAACAGGAGAUGGUCAGACAAGGGUUACUUGAACCACCAAAAGCAAAGGUGAAAAUGAGCAACCUAAUGAAGGUUCUUGGGUCUGAAGCAACCCAAGACCCAACCAGGCUUGAGAAAGAGAUCCGCACAGCAGCUGCUGAGCGUGAGCAGGCUCACACGGACAGGAACGCAGCACGGAAACUAACUCCCGCAGAGAAACGUGAGAAGAAAGAGAGGAAGCUUUUCGAGGAUUCAACAGCGGUUGAGACGACGAUAGUGUCGGUGUACAAGAUCAACAAGCUCUCGCAUCCUAAAGCAAGAUUCAAGGUGGAGAUGAACGCGAGACAGAACAGGCUAACAGGGUGUAGUGUGAUGACGGACGGAAUGAGCGUGGUUGUGGUUGAGGGUAAGAGCAAAGCGAUAAAGAGAUACGGGAAGCUGAUGCUGAAGCGAAUAAACUGGGAAGAGGCGGUGAAGAGCGAGGAGAAGGAAGGAGAGGAAGAAGAUGAAGAGGAAGAGGAGAAUGGUGGAAACAACAAGUGCUGGUUGGUUUGGCAAGGAAGUGUUGCGAAACCUAGCUUUCACAGGUUUCAUGUACAAGAGUGCUUGACGGAUUCUGCUGCCAGGAAAGUUUUCACGGAUGCUGGUGUUGCUCACUACUGGGAUCUCGCCGUCAAUUACACCGACGACUAA